AUGGCUUAUUUGUCUAUCGCUCUUUCUACUGCAACUGCUUGUUUCUGCUCGAUUCUUUAUUUAAAUGAUUGGGAACGUCAUUAUAUGAUACGCCGUUUACGUCUCUUGAAUAAUCCGCAAGACGGGCCGUGGCGUGAGUUGGCAAUACAAAUUAAUAUUGAAGUUAGAAGGCCUAUGCUUUUUUCAAUGAUAAAUAAAGAUUGUUCUCGUACAAUAAUAACUGAUGAAUGGAUUUUAAAAAUUACCAAUUACAAUGUCAAUUUUGCUCGAAUUUCUGAUUCCCAAUUAGUUAUUGUCCGUUCUAGUCCUUUACAUCAAAGUGUUCCAAGUCAUGAUGGUUUGGUUUCAACUUCUGCUGAACAUUUAAUUGAUUUACGUGUUUGUAGUCGAAGUGGGUGUUUUGAAACUUUUCAUAUAAGAAUUCGAAAUCAGCAAGAACUAAAUAAUUUGAAAGAUCAGAUUGGGCGUCCAAUUGAAGUUUUGGAUUCUUUAGCACUUCCACAGCCUUUACAUGAACGUUUUGUUGAUGCUUUUAUAAAAGAAUUGGAAAGAAAUCCUCGUUACGAUUAUAAACAGAAAGAGGAUCUGGAGCCUUGUUUAGGCUGUUCUCAACUACCGGCACAAGUCAAACUAGUAAAGAAAUGUAUCGAUUCUCUAGACAUUCAAGAUGGUGCAAGCUACGAAAAAUGUCGUAAUUGUCAAUGCCGACCAAUGUGGUGUGCUCGAUGUAUGGGAAGAAUUUUUGCUUCCAAACAAAAUCAAAAUUUGCCGGAAAUAUGGAUGGCUGGACGAGCGCCGUGUCCAACGUGUCGUUUACCUUUUUGUGUUUUGGAUGUUUGUUUUUUAUCGGAAAAGGAUUAA